UGUGUACUAUAUAUAAGUCCAUCAACUUUCGCAGAUAUCACAAAACAAAUCUAAAUAUAUUUUAAAUUGCAUAAAAAGUAGUAAAAAGCAUUCAGUAGCAGUAAAAUGGGUAAAGGUUUUAAUAAUUAUAUGUGCAAGAAGUUCUUUCACCCAGCUUCUAGAGACAAUCUAAAACGGGUAUGGAUGGCGGAACAGCAAGCGGAGGCCUACAAGAAGAAACAGGAGGAGCUCCGUACACAGUAUGAGAAGGAGCAAAAUUUGCAUGAAAACAAAGCUAUGCUAAGCAAAGACAGCAAAGAUAAGCUAAGCGUAAAUUUCAUGUACGAGCCGCCGCCUGGUGUGCGCAAAGAACGCGAAAAGGAUGCCACUGAACCGGAGUACAAGUUUGAGUGGCAACGCAAGUUUAAUGCGCCACGUGAAUCAUAUUGCAAAGGUGACACAGAAAUUCGCGAUCAGCCGUUUGGCAUACAAGUGCGUAAUGUGCGUUGCAUAAAGUGUCACAAAUGGGGUCACAUCAAUACCGAUAAAGAGUGUAGUAUGUAUAGUAUUUCCAUGAGCGAAGCACGUAAGCUGCAUUCCGAAGCGGAAGCCAGUGAGAUGAUGGCCAAGAAUGUGCUGGAAGAACAGAUGAAAGAAGAUGGUUUGGUAAUGAAAAAAUCCGCAUUGGAACUGCAGAAUAUCAAACAAGUGCACCAACAACACAGAUUAGUGCCAAGUGAUGACGAGGAGAGUGAAAUGAAAGCGGGUAUGGACAAAGGGAACACAGAAUUGGCGUUUCUAAAGUCGCUGAGCAAGGAACAGAAACUGGUGUUAUUAAAAAAGCUGGAAAAGAUAGAAAAAUUAAAGAAGAAAAGUGUAAAGCGAAAGUUAAAAAAAGAAAAGUCUCAUAAAAGUAAGAAGGAAAAGAAAACGAAGAAAAAGCAUUCAAAGAAGUCGAGCAGCAGCAGUGGAAAUUACACAAAUGAAAGUGACGACGAAGAUCAGAGACCCUUUAAAGAAAGACACAAUACAGAGAGGAAGAAGAAAAAAGUGGAAAAGAAAAAAAGCAGGAAUAGUCAGUCAACCGAUGAUUCCCAGUCUUCCAGCAGUUCAUCCACUUCUGAUUCGGAAACUGAUGAAGGCUCGAGAGACUUACGCAGACAACGACGCAGCCGAUCACGCGAUGAACGAAGGAAAUAUUUCAAAUCAGCUCUUGAAAAAGACAGAGAGAAGGAACGGUCGUACAAUGAGGACAGGGAGUCUAGCCGUAACAAGCAUACACGUAGGGAGCGGAGUCGCUCGAAAGAACGUAAGGAAAGUCACAGGGAACGACAUCACUACAGAGAUCAGCGUUAUCGUAGUCGUUCUAACGACAGAGAUAGUCGGCAUUCAAAGAAUGAACGCCGAAACCUUAGCAGAUCGAGGGAUAGGAGACGUUAACAGCCAAUAACCAAUAUAAUAAUGAUAUAAUACUUAUGCAUUUCAAACUGUGUAAUAUCAACUUUUGUGGACAUAAAUAUAUGUGAAAAGUAAUAAUAAAACUUUCAAAAACCAGUAACUACUAAA